GGUGUAUGCUCAAGGAUGUCUCUCAUAGAAGGUCUUCUCCUCCAGGCUCCCAGCAGCACGGUAACACUCCUGGGGGCUGGGCUGUUUCUACUGGUCCUCUACCUCCUCUCCUCUGGUUCCAGUUCUGAGCCACAGGGGAAGGAGCCUCCAGGACCCAGACCACUACCCCUGCUUGGUAACCUGCUACAGCUGGAUUUAAAGAGGUUUCACCACACUCUUUUUGAGCUGUCUAGGAAAUAUGGCUCGGUGUUCACAGUUCACAUUGGACCCAGAAAGGUGGUGGUUCUUGCAGGAUACAAGACGGUCAAGGAGGCACUGGUCACCCAUGCGGAGGAGUUUGGAGAACGGGGGAUCCCUCCUUUAUUUGGUGAAAUCAACAAAGGACAUGGUAUUUUAUUUGCCAAUGGAGAUUCGUGGAAAAAGAUGAGACACUUUGCCUUGACAAACCUUCGAGACUUUGGCAUGGGGAAAAAAGCGAGCGAGGAGAUGAUCAUUGAGGAAGUUCACUACCUGACAGAAGUGUUUGAAGAAUACAAGGGUAAAGACUUUGACACAACCCAGCCAAUACAUUAUGCCAUCUCCAACGUCAUCUGCAGCAUUGUCUUUGGCAGCAGGUUUGAAUACUCUGAUCCCAGAUUCCGACGUUCAAUCAGUCGAGUCAAGGAGACAAACCAACUUGCAGGCUCUGCUUCAGUAUUGUUAUACAACACCAUGCCUUGGCUUGGCCCAUUGUUGAAGUCCAAAAGGAUUCUCAUGAAACAUAGUGACACCAACAAGAAAGAAAUGCUUGACCUGGUGAUGGAGCUGAAGGAGACCCUCAACCCUCAGAUGUUUAGAGGCUUCAUUGACUCAUUCAUUGCCCGAAAGGAGAACUUGGAGGCAUCCGGCAACAUGAAGUCUCAUUUCCACUAUGAGAAUCUGGUACAAACUGUGACCCACCUGUUUAAUGCCGGUACCGAUACCACGGCGGCAACCAUGUGUUGGAGUCUGAUGCUGAUGGCCAAGUACCCCCAAAUACAAGAACGUGUCCAAGAGGAGAUGAGCAGGGUUAUAGGAAGUCGUCAGCCCUUGAUAGAAGACAGGAAGAACCUGCCCUACACUGAUGCAGUGAUCCAUGAGAUCCAGAGGGUGGCCAACAUUGCCCCCUUGGCUCUCCCUCAUAUCACCAGCCGAGACAUCACCUUCCAGGGAUACUUCAUCAAAAAGGGGACAGAUGUGAUUCCUCUGCUGACAUCUGUCCUUCAGGAUGAGAACGAAUGGGAGACUCCUCACACAUUUAACCCCGCCCACUUUCUGAAUGAGAAAGGUCAAUUUGUCAAGAGAGAUGCCUUCAUACCGUUCUCUGCAGGUCGUAGGGUGUGUCUGGGGGAGAGUCUGGCCAAGAUGGAGAUCUUCCUGUUAUUCACCUCCCUCCUGCAGCGUUUUCGUUUCUCCCCCCCCCCAGGAGUAACAGAGGAUGAUCUGGACCUCACACCAGUUGUGGGGAUAACCCUCAAUCCUUCACCUCACCAGCUGUGUGCUGUGAGCCGGGUCCAGAUCGAAAGCUGAUUACUAUCUUGAUAAAUAUAGGACUAUGCUGAAAAAAAACAUUGCUGAUCAUGAAUAAUACAUUAUUAAAGUAUUUACAGUAGCAAUAAAAU